AUGUUCACGAUUUUCUGGUUCUCUUCCGUUAGAUUCACGAUUUAUUCGUUUUAUUUCCAAAGAGAAUAAAAAAAUCGUGGACAUAGCACGGAAGAGAACCACAAAAACGUACGCAUACCGACAGGAUUCGGGUACAGCCAAAACGCGGGCAUGACCACUCUCAUCUUGAAACAAACGGUCUAUAUCUUUUUACGUUUAUGGUCGCGACGCCAACAUGGCCGCGAACCUGCGCAAUCCUGCGAAUACAAAAAAAGAUAAAUAUUUUGAAUAACGAUGAGACCAGUCGUGUUGUUGUGUACGGUAAUGUUGUUCGUGAGAAAAACUCGACAAUAAUAUCAUGUAAAAAUACGUAUUUUUUAACGAUCGAACAGUAAUUCAUCCUUUGACGUGCACCGGCGUUCUUAACGUAAGUCUGCAAUUAUGUACAAUAAUAAUGCGAAUUUAUGUGAGAAUAAAUAAUAUAAUAAUACAAUUUACGUGGUGAUAUGCAGGUCAACGAUGAGUAUCAGUAAAAGAAAGAUGUACGUGUUGGACUCGUCCGAUGAGGAUGACAGUUUCAAGCCUCGACGUAGUUCUCUGAAAGUCAACUUGAGUUAUAGCGAAAAUCUAACGGAUUCCGGGAAUGGAUCUCUUCGGAGAACAGAGAUCGAGAACGAUGAAAAAGGGGCGGACAGUGCGAAAACUGUCAGACGACUGUCGAGAAACAAAAGUACAUACGAGAAGAAUCGUCGAUCUGAUCCUGACAAUAAAGUUGUGCGAGCUGAAAGUGACACAAAGAAGUAUACUAUAAAUAAUGACAAUAAAAUGUCCGUUCAGAUCAAAGAAGGAAUACAAUUGAAACGUCUUACGGUAAAUCUGGAGGAUAUAAGCACCAAAGAACGCUAUCUCGAAACGAGUUGCAAGCGUUUGAAAGACGCCAUCAUGUGCAAGACUAAACAAAUAUUUGAAAAGGAGAACGAGCUCUCCGUAAAAACAGCAGUGGUAUUGGGAAAUAGGGAAAAUCGUUCUGCAAGCAAUACACAUAGUCCAAAUAUUGGAAACGAAACAAUUAUGCUGGACAUAACUGAUCACCACCCGAAGGAACAAGAACCUGGGGAACAAUAUACUGACACUUCGAGCGAUCGACAGAAGGAGGAUCGGUACUCCAAUAUUGUUGCUACACCGUCAAAGAGUAACGGACGGAGAAGUCUUGAGAAGACCGUGGAUAAAUCUAGAUUAACUCAAAGGCGACUGUUUGUUGAGAAGGACAAGCAGGUGGAAGGGCAAACGAAAUGUAGAAUUAUCGAUGAUAUCGUUCUGAAGAAAAAUUUGCCAUUACUUUCUCUAAGACGAGCGAAUUCUCCUUCCGCGGACACGUGCAUUCCAUUUCCCAGGAACAAUAGAACAAUAAUCACAGAUGCGUACGCAGGAAUACCCGAGAACUUGUUGCUAAAUGUAAUAGGAUUUCUGCUUUUAGUUAUUUUAUUUGGUUUAUUACGUAAGAAAGCGUGGAACUAUGGGCGCCUCGCGCUGUUACACAAGUCCGACAACAGAUGGAUGGAGCUGUUCUAUGGUGUUAAUGAAAACAGAGACACUGAUCCCUUGUGUAUGGAAGCUUCUGUCAAUUCUCAACUCUCCCAACUGGAUAGAGGAUUUUUCACGUGGAUUGUUACCGCUUUUAAGAUUACGGACGAUGAAUUAUUACAACGUGCAGGGCCCGAUGGGUUGUUAUAUAUCAUGUUCGGCCGUUGCUUAAUCAUAUUGACCAUCAUGAUGCUGAUUGUGUCACUGUGCAUAGCUCUGCCAAUAAAUUUUCACGGAAGCAUGCAGCCGGGAGAUAGCGCAACAUUUAGUCAUACAACACUGUCAAAUCUGGAGCCCACGUCUAUUGGGCUUUGGGUGUAUACAGUGCUGCUCUUAUCUUAUCUGCCAGUCGGUGGAUUUGUCAUGAGACGUCGUCUGAAGCAGGUGCGGGAUACCAGGCCUACUGGAGAAUUUGUAGCGAGAACAUUAUUGAUUACGGAUAUACCAAAACAACAAUGCACCGUUGAGAAUCUUAGCGAAUAUUUUAAAGAAGCAUUUCCUGGUUUAACAGUGGAGGAUAUUACAUUGGCCCACGAUAUAAAACGCCUUUCAAAGCUGGAUGCAGAAAGGGAUUGUGUGGAACAGGCGCGUUUAUAUUGCGAAAGUUAUGCCAAGAAGAGAGAACCUUUGAAAAUGUAUCCUUACCCGUGUGGUCAGAUUCUUGGACAUUGCUGCACCAAGCAAGUGGACGCUCAAGAAUUCUACGCCAACGAGGAAAUACGACUAACAGCGCUGGUUGAAGAAGAGAAGAAUGUGGCACUUAGCAAAUCUCUUGGAGUUGCUUUUGUAACUUUAGGGACACCCGGUGCAGCUAAAACUUUGCGCAAGCAGCUGAGGUCCUCGCCGAAUAUAAAGUGGAUCGUGGAUUAUGCACCGAUGCCAUCAGAUAUAUUUUGGGAAAAUCUAAGCAUCCCCAGGCCGUGUUGGUAUCUAAAUGCUGUAUUAAUAAAUUGCGCUUUGGGACUUAUAUUGUUUUUCCUUACUACACCGGCUGUCAUAGUGACAACUGUCAACAAAUUACCAAUUACUGGAGAGAUUAAGGAGCUUGAUCCAGUACUUUAUUCUUUCCUGCCUACCGUAUUGUUAGUCAGUGUGGCUGCUCUAAUGCCUGCACUAGUUACGAGAUGCGAAUUGCUUGUGAGGCAUUGGACACGAAGCAGCUUAAAUCGUGUUGUUAUGAGAAAAACGUUACUUCUGUUGCUCCUGAUGGUGCUUAUAUUACCUAGUUUAGGAUUAACUAGUGCCGCAGCAUUUCUAGAUUGGACUGUAAAUGAUCGAAACAAUACGGCACAAUGGGAAUGUGUAUUUUUGCCAGAUCAGGGUGCCCUUUUUGUAAAUUACGUCAUAACUGCGGCUUUGCUCGGGAGUGGAUUAGAAUUGGUCAGGCUCCCGGAACUCGCGCUAUACACUUUCAGACUUUGUAUAGCUCGCAGCCGGGCGGAAAGGAUACACGUUAGGAAAGCAGUACUGUGGGAGUUUCCAUUGGGAGCUCAUUAUGCCUGGUUGCUGCUGGUCUUUACUAUGAUAACUGUCUACAGUCUGGCGUGUCCUCUAAUCACUCCUUUUGGUCUACUAUAUUUUGUAGUCAAGCAUCUGGUGGACAGGCAUAAUUUAUGCUUCGCUUACGGACCGAGUAUCGGUGGUGGCCAACUGGCUGGAGCGGCAGUUGGUGCUGCAGGAGCUGCGCCCAUUUUAGCGCAAGCUGCUUUUUUAGCUUUAGGCCUGGUAAGAAGUGGUCUGUAUCCACUAGCUGCGGUGCAACUCACUGGUCUCUGUGCGAGUAUUCUGGGCCUGGUAACCGGAGUUACAUUGCCGCUAUCGAAACCCAAGACUCCAGUACCAAAAAGGGACCUCUCGACUGGUCAAAAUUUCGUGGCACCAGUAUUACGGAAGAAUCAGAUAUUCACAGAGGAAACCAUAUCGACUGCUUCAAAUUCAGAAGUGAAUUUACCAAGCCCGACAAAUACUACUUCCUCUAUACAAGAAAGUCCGAAGCUUUACCAAAAUUAUGGCAGCGAACAGAGAGUUUAAUAUCUAUAUAUUUGCAUUAUACUCGAUAUAUAUGUAAGAAUACAGAAUGCUUUGUAACUUGUUUAAAAAGUUAUCCGUUUAGAAGUAUAUUCUAAUUAUUAAUAUUAAUGAGCUGACGCAAUUUAGGGAAACUACAGCACAAAUAAUGUACAUUAUUAAAACAUUUCUUACAUCACGUUAAGUUAGGUAUAAUUUAAAAGAAAAAUUGCAAAAUGCUGCUUUAAUAUCUCUGUCUACUUACAUUUAUAAUUGUAUUUAUAAAUUCAUUACCUAUAUAUACUUAAUAGUUUGUGAUAAGUAUGAAAAUGAUUACAUUUAAUAUAAUUAAUUUAACAUAAAUUUUGUUUACUUCUUUACUUUAUAAUAGUUAGAUAUUAAGAAUUAUACGAAGCCUUAUGAAGGAUUUACUAAUUGCUACUCAAAGAAUCUCAUUUAUAAAGAAGGUGAACAGGUAGAUCUAUCUUAUCAUUUCAGAUCUGACACAAAAACAUAAAAUGUCUAUUAAGUACACUCAAUACAUUUUAAUAUUAUAUCUCUGUAUUAUAUUAAUGUGUUAAUAUAAUAGUGCUAUGUAAUAACUUGAAAAAAGUAAGCUUACAACUAUACACAUGGAAAUAGUUUUUAAUUGAUAAAGCAUAGUGCAUUAAUUUUGAUCUUAUUAUAAAUAAUGUGAUUAUUCUUACAUGGAUAUCCACAAUAAUCUUUAUACCAUGUAUAUAUCAACCUUAUAUUUAUCAUGAAAUUGAUAAAGCAAUAAUUAUAUAGUUUUUAAUGAUUUGAUAGAUCAAUUAUUGUUAGUAAUAAUGCAAUAAUUGCAACAGAAAAUAUAGUUAAGCAGGAUGUUUUAUUUCUAUUCUGAGAAUUAUGUAAGGAUGCACCUUAUAAUAUUUUCUGUACUUUUUAUAUAUAGGGAAGUGACAUAAUAUAAUUAUGUGUGUAUAUAUAUAUAUAUACACGCGCGCACACAUACACACACACGAUAUUAGAAAUUCAUAUCUCAACAUCAACUACGACGUGGCCCAAUUAACAUAUACUCUUUGUCUUUUAAAAAUUUUUCCAAAGUUUUCAAGAUAAAUAGAAACAUAUAUAUAUAUAUAUAUAUACA